AUGUGCGACGGUAAGAAUAGUAAUCUAUCUCUAUCCAAAGAAGCCACCGCCGAGACCGCCGUAGUGUCCACCGUAGGAUCCACCGUAGGAUCCACCGUAACUUCCUCCGUAGUUGCCACCAAAGCCGUGCCCGAAGCCGCCGUGGCCACCGAGGCCGUAGCCUCCGAGGCCGUGGCCACCGAGGCCGUAGCCUCCGAGGCCGUGGCCUCCGAGGCCGUAGCCUCCGAUGCCGUGGCCCAAACCGAAGCCUCCGGCAGCGGCGACGGCGAGAACAACGCAGAAGGCGGCGAGGGAAAGCUACGACAAGAACAAGAACUUUCCCUCGCCGCCUUCUGCGUUGUUCUCGCCGUCGCCGCUGCCGGAGGCUUCGGUUUGGGCCACGGCAUCGGAGGCUACGGCCUCGGAGGCCACGGCCUCGGAGGCUACGGCCUCGGUGGCCACGGCCUCGGAGGCUACGGCCUCGGUGGCCACGGCGGCUUCGGGCACGGCUUUGGUGGCAACUACGGAGGAAGUUACGGUGGAUCCUACGGUGGAUCCUACGGUGGACACUACGGCGGUCUCGGCGGUGGCUUCUUUGGAUAG